CGAAAUGUCUGUAUAUUGUAAACUUUUUUUGGUGCGCAAUCGUGUUGUAUUUGAGAUAGGUAAAAAGGUAAAAAGUGAGCAUUUGCAGCACGCGCCGAAAAUCUUUGCGCCACCUGGCCUGUAGUUCUAGUGGUGCCUGUACUUGCCGCCAUCAGGACCGGUUAUAAAAGGGUGCAUGGGGAGAGGGGUGAUACCACCCAAACUCUGUAAUUAGAUUUCCGAGUCAGCAAUUUAAGGAUUUUAUUCCCAAGUCAGCAAAUUUAAUAGUGUCUACGUUUUUAUUUUUUUAUUGUUUUUUUUCAUUCUUAUUAAUUUCCGUAUGGGUAUGGUAUGUGAUUAUCGUAAUAUUAAUAAAUCAUUAUCAUUGAUUAUAAUUUAUAAAUAUUAUAAUUUUAAUCAAUAGUAUUAUGUUUUAUAGUUGUGUAAACGAAGAAAAACAUAACAAGGAAUAUAAAUCGGCAUUCGGCGUACAGAGAACUGCACCACCCAUUACAGUGACUCACUUGUAACCUACUGUACAGCAGAGCGACACCCACUUACCCCACUUUUUUUACAUUUGGAGUCAGCAAAUAUUGUAUACUUUGAGUCGGCAAAUUUUUAACCUCAUCCUCCCCCUCCCCUUAACUUUUGGCAGCGCCGGGCCUAACCGUUAUUUUCCAGUCAAGGGGCAUCCGAAAGUCUUAAUCUCGCAGCCCUGCCCAGUUCGCCUCCGGGUAAUAUGGGUUAAGAAAUAUAUAGGGCAUGUUUCACGAAAAAUAAUGGCACUGUAGCACACAUAAUAUUAUAGGUAGGUGGUGCUUAGCUAUUGUGUAUACACGAGCGCCGUUGGCGACAAUAUCGAUUUAAGUCGACCAACAUGCCAAGGUGGGUUUAUAGGUAUGAAUGCAAACGUAUAAUAUUUUGGAAUAACAUAAUAUCUAUUUAGUGCGCUUUGGGGCGUGUAUACUAAUAGUUGUCUUGAUCUGGUACCAAUAUAAUAUAUCACCUACCUGUACCUCCCUAUAUAGGUACCCGCGACAAUAAUGGAUAGAUUGAGAAAAUAUUCGACGAGCGAAGCGAAAACUUUACAAUACAUAUACGAAUUCUUAUUGUCCAAUAACAUGACGAAGACUUCGGCUUGUUUCAUCGAAGAAUGUCACAAAUUGAAUAUGCCAGCGCCGUCUGCUCAAUCGACCAAAACUUGCAAUAAUAAUCCAGUCCAUCUGUCUAAGGAUCGAGCUGCGACCAUUAUUCAGUCUUUUAAAUCUGCAUCCAGGUCACCGUUUAUGAAGACCUGGGGUGAUUUACCCGACGAGAUAAAACAGAUCGACGAGUAUCGAAAACUGACGUUUUACCUUCACGUCUACUACACCAUACUGGAAUGUAAAAAACGUGUCAACAAAUCGGAAAACAGCUGUGACGAUAAAUGCAACGAAAACACCGAAAGUUCUAUGGGCGCUUUUCGCACUUUCCUGCUCCAGAGAGGUGCCGAGUUCAGUACUGAAAACGAAUUUUUACCAUAUUUUGCACUGCCAUACGUGUUCGAACCGAUGCAACACCCUUCGUUUAAAAAUUUGUUUAAAGUACGACACUAUAUUUUUGACUUGUUGCACUUUGAGUGUAUAACAUAUUAGUAUUAUAUAAUACACUAUGCAACGUAUUUCGAAAACGUAAGAAAUUCGAAUGUUUUUUAAACGUCUGUUCGUCUCAAGGAAAAUCGAUGGUGUGAUUCGCUAAACAAAAGAUUGGAGGAUUUUAUUUUGGACAUCGCUAUUAGCACGUCGGUGACAUUAGUACCCAGCAAAGAUGCGGGAAAACGAAAAUUGACGAA